AUGGCGGAGCUCCUUAGCACUAAGACAUGGCGUCUCAAGGACGUCCUCUUCGACCAAGGUGCAGAGCAGGUGGUGCGUGUGCUGAAGAUUGACCAUCCGUUCCGCCGCCAGCGCAUUACCAUCGUGCCCACCCCGCGCUACGCCAAAGAAACGUAUCUGACGGACUGGGUGUACCAGCCCUAUGUGAAGAAACACAUCAUGUACGUCAGUAAUGACAUCUACAAUCCAUUUUACGUCUUCCUAUGCCGCGCACUGUUUCGCAAAGGCAAAUUCCCUGAGUAUGCCUACUUCCACCCUAUGGGACUGCCGGACUGCAUUGAAGUGAACCUCAGCCGACGUGUCUUUAUCAAGAAGGAACAGCCCUUCAAGACGCCGCUAAGCACCAUUUUAAUGACGACAAAUCACUUCCGCGACUCGCAUCACCCGUGGGUCUCACGCCGCGUCCUCAAAAUAGUCGGUGAGCAGUACGUUGUGCAUCCUCGAAAUGACAAGCAAUCGCUGGUGUUUGUGCUGCCACCUUCCUACGUCCCAGAUGUGGUCAACACGUUGCAAAGUCUUGGAUUUGCUGUGGCCGAUACGGUGACAGCUUCCAUUGGUGAGGCGACCACCAUCACAAAACUGAACAGCUGGAGCAACAAAUGCCAGCUGCUCGUGCUCGGGUAUCUAUGGUUUCUUUUGGUGCUCUUCAUCGUAGGCGAGAGCCGCCAUAUUCAUCGCCUCUUUCAAGACUACAAGAGAGAGCUGAUUGAGAAGGCAGGCAAAGAUCCCGGUAAGAUGGGCCUUUAG